UCCCGCCCGCAAAACCAAACAUGUCUUCGUUUACUAAACUUUUCUUUCUCUUUUUCUUUGUCCUUUCUCUCUCCUCUCUCCACUCUCUCACUCUCCCCUCCGACGUCGCCGCCCUCCAAGCUUUUAAAUCCACCGUCAAACCGGCCACCAUUCUCUCCUACUCAUGUCUCGGAUCUUGGAAUUUCACCUCCGACCCGUGCGCAUCUCCCCGGAUCACACAUUUCAUGUGCGGCGUCAAUUGCGAUACCUCAAUAACCCCUUUCCGGGUUAUCCAGAUCACCCUCGACCCGGCCGGUUACUCCGGCACACUCUCUCCCAUGAUCUCCAAGAUCUCCACUCUUGUCGUUCUUGAUCUCUCCGACAAUAAUUUCUUCGGAAAUAUUCCUUCUCUUCUUUCCUCCCUUCCCAAUCUUCAAACUCUCACCCUCCGUUCCAAUUCCUUCUCCGGCUCAAUUCCGCCGUCGAUUGGGAACCUUAAAUCUCUCGUAUCGCUUGAUCUUUCACAUAAUUCCCUUUCUGGGUAUUUGCCCGAUUCGAUCGUUUCACUUUCUAAUUUGAGAAGAAUCGAUCUGAGUUACAACAAAUUAACCGGGUCCAUCCCAAAACUUCCAUUAAACCUUCUCGAACUCGCGAUAAAAGCCAAUAACCUUUCUGGGUCUCUUUCCAAAUUGACAUUCGACGGCGCCGGUCAGCUCGAGGUGAUUGAACUCAGUGAGAAUUCGUUCAGCGGUACUCUCCAAGGUUGGUUCUUUCUCCUCCCGUCUCUUCAACAAGUCAACCUGGCCAAUAACAGCCUGAGGUUUAUCGAGAUCUGGAAGCCCGCCAACGGGAAGAGCGAUCUAGUCGCCGUCGAUAUGGGGUUUAACAAGAUAGAAGGGAAUUUGCCGGUGAACUUUGCUUCUUACCCUGUUUUAUCCUCUCUGUCUCUUCGUUACAACCGUUUGCGUGGAUCCAUACCCGCUGAGUUGGGAAAGAGCGAAAGAUUGAAAAGAUUGUUCCUUGACGGGAAUUUCCUUAAUGGGUCGCCACCGAAAGGGCUAUUCUCAAGUAAAGGAGGUGUUUCGGGAAGUUUAGGAGACAACUGCCUUCGAAAUUGCCCAGUUUCAUCGGACCUGUGUUUGAAAUUGCAGAAACCGACAUCGAUUUGCAGGCAAGCUUACGGUGGAAAACCAACGUCUUGAAAAGAGUCAGACUUUUGUCAGUCAAUGAUUUCAUUUUAUUUCUUUAAGGUGGUAAGUAUCUGCUUCCAUUAAUUAAUUAA